ACGAAUUAGCGGGAGCACCGGCGAGACUUCCUUCCAUUUCAAACAUCAGGCGGAUCAGUCGACGAUGUUUUUCUUUGUUGUUUUGUUUCGUUUUUAACACAGCCUUUGCUUUUUAAUGUUUAUAAACAUUUAAUUUUGUGAAAACAACGAUAAAGAACCGAUGGAUUUAACAGAGGAGGAUUUAUCUGCUCGCGUGUUGUUGAGGAAAGUUCUUCACACAGAGCAACCGAGAUCUCCUGUAACCAGAAGUGCAAACAGUGUACGGCGGAGUGCUAGGAUGAAACAUGCCGCUGGAUUGGAGAGUCCUGGAUCUGCCUUGCGUCACAGACUCAAGAAGAAACUCCAUGAGAGUGCUGCAGCUUCCCCUCUCCCUUUACCUAAACGUAUGAGGUCAUCUGUAGUGAAGCAGGACCCUCCUAACAUGGCCCCAUCCACACUGGAUGAUGAGGACCUGACGACUCGUGGUCUGCUCAGGGGGAUCAUUCACAUGGAGACCGAAACAUCGCUGUUGAUGUCGGGUCAGCCUGCACUACAAGAAUCAGAACCGAAUCCAGAGACCAGUGUGUCCAGUGCUGGGGAAAGAACUGAAGGUCUAUCUGGAGCCGAGCUGUCUGAUCUGACUCUGCACACUGAACCCUUGACGCAUGUGGUCCGAGGACUGAGUCGCAAGAAACAGCAGCGCGUCUUCAGUGUGUCAGCGCUUGAGAAACAGUUUGAUCAACUGACAGAUAACACAGAGGACGUCUCGCGUGUCUCUGAAAGAGGUGAUGUUUUCCAAGAGAAACCCGAUACAUCUCAGGAUUCAGAUUUUUCUGCUGGCUCAAAGAGUUUGUGUUCUGUCAGUGGGCUGAACCUGACAUUGAAGACCCCGUUUGUAGAGAGACGCUCUGAGAGGGCGGUGCUCCAGAGAAAAGUGUCCAAUAGGAGGCUGCAGUCUGUGGAGGCGUUUGAUGAGGCCGUUCAGAGAUGCUUGGAGCAGGGUCCUAACCAAGAACAAUCUGUAUCUCUGGCAGGAAAAACUCUGGACGAUUCUUCAUGGCAGAAGUUCACACUAGGCCUCAACGAUGUAACAGAGCUUUACGUCCAGAUGAAAAAAGACGACACUGUUGAACCGUCUGCUGAGAUUGACAAUGACGAACAGGCAGAGACAGAAAAGGAUGAACAAUAUCAUGUCAGUGAAAUUCCUAAUGAUCGAGACUCAAAGAUAUUAAUUCAAGACGAAAAAGAACAUGAGAUGGAGUCACUACUACUGGAUGAUGAAGAGGUGGUGCCUUCUUCCCAAGAAUCCCCAAGAGAUGAAGUGUUUCUCAAUACUGAAUAUGAUAUUAUACUUGCUCCAACACAAGCAAUGACCGAAUCACUUCCCGAAUCUCAGAAUGCAGAGCUAGAAGGUCAAUUAUCAGGUGAGAAUGAUGUGGUUGUGGAGGAAAUUGCUCAUGAGGAGAUUGUGGAAGAUGUUGAACACGAGAACGUGGUGGAAAUUGAGGCUGAGGAGGUUGAAUAUUCUGAAGAGAACUCUGAUGGUCUGAAUUAUCCAGAGCGAAUAACUCGCAGAGCUCACCGUUCAGAGGGAGCAGGGGCUGUCUUGGCAAUUCCAGGCACUACAACAAGAGUCACAAAGAGUUUUGGAGCGGGAUUGAACCCCAGAGAAAAAGAUCUUCUGGAUUUAAUCGAUGGGGACAGAGAGAGUGUGGAGAACAUUUUAGAUGAAGAAAGACAAGCACUUGUCAGUCCUACGUCUCCCCAAUUCCACCAUGAAGAAGUAAUCAUCACAUCUGAGCAGAGGUCAACACAAAAUGAAGCUAGUUUGAAUGAAGAUGAUCUGCCGCAGUUUACUGAAAAUGAGGAUGUCAACCAGUCAGAAGAGAAGAGGGAGGAGCUAAUAGAUUCAGAGCCUGCCAAUCAACCACCCGAGCCUGCAGAGGAGCUUAUAGAGUCUCAAUCAGCCAAUCAGAGCACUGAGGCUGAUGAGGAGAAGGAGCUAAUAGACUCUGAACCAACCAAUCAGAGCACUAAGCCUGAGGAUGAUGAGGAGGAGGAGGAGCUAAUGGACUCUGAACCAACCAAUCAGAGCACUAAGCCUGAUGAUGAUGAGGAUGAGGAGGAGCUAAUGGACUCUGAACCAACCAAUCAAAGCACUAAGCCUGAUGAUGAUGAGGAGGAGGAGGAGCUAAUAGACUCUGAACCAACCAAUCAGAGCACUGAACCACCACAGGAUGGGGAGGACAUGAUGGAAUCCGAAUUAGCCAAUCAGAGUCUUCAACCUGCAAAGGAUAAAGAGGAGAUGCUAGAAUCAGAGCCAGCUAAUCUGACGUCUGAAGCUGCGGUGGAGGAGGAAGAGGAUAUUAUUGACUCCGAACCAGCCAAUCAGAGCUACGAAUUUGCCCAGGAAGAGGAGGAAGAAGAGGAUGUUGAUGAAGAUGAUGCUCGCAGUGCAGAACUGUCCAUAAAAACUCCAGCUUUCGUAAAACAGAAGAGAGUGUUCGCAAGUCCUUCUGCGCAGACCACACUAACAGUCCUCAAAGAAGUGAAUGCUGGUGCUGGCCCUCAGGUGUCCAGACGAGCCCCCAGACAGAAGCGUCAGACGGGGACUGAUGUUCUUCCCAAAAGUUACGUAAUGAGCAUCUUCAAGCACUUCGCCAAGACCAAGGUGGCCAGUGACGUCUAUCCUGUCAUUAAUGAGAUUCUGAAGAAGUACUUUGACCGGUUGGCUGAUGAUCUAGAAACAUACGCAACUCAUGCCAAACGUAAAACUAUUGAGGUUGAGGAUUUUGAGCUCCUCAUGAGAAGACAGGGCUUCGUGACCGACAGCAUGCCUGUAAAUGUGCUGAUAGAGAAGUACCUCCCGCUGGAGUAUCGCAAACUUCUCAUCCCGGUGGCCACCAGUGGAAAUAAAGUCAUCCCCACACAAAGAAGGUGAACAUGCAGAUAUGACUCGUGUUCUUGUAAAUAUGUGAAUACGUUCAAAACAAUACAAAUACCUUUUUGUAAAUUAUGAUUUGUGUAAUAUAUAUCUGUUUCUUGCAUAACCAUUAAGAAAACAACUUUACUUUGUAUUUUUAGCCAUUAAUGUAUAUUUUUCAAAGCAUU